AUUCUUUACUCUGUGGCGUGUUGGAUUGAGUUGAAACAAAUUGAAAGCGAGAGUAAUAAAAAUUCGUAUCUUCGCACUUCGCAGUGUGAUUUGUGUUUAAGUUUACAGAAGCUGCGACGAAGAUAUUACAAUGGUGUGACUCCUGCAGAAACAUAAACGAAAAACAUCAAUUAUGGGUGACUGCUGCUGUAAGAAUUCUGUGCCAGAUGUGUUUACAUAUGCACCAUCCUCUGCUACUCAGAGUGCUAAUUCACCAUAUGAGAAUAGGCAAAGGACUCCUAAAGUGGAUCCUAAUCUUGUUGAUCAGCUAGUUCUUGAAAUGUUAACAGUAGCUGCUUCAAGAGUGGAUACUGAUGAAGAAUCACCGGUGUCACUUGUGAAGUUACAUCUAAUAGCAGAUAAAGAGGAAGGAUGGAUUCAGAUGAUUACAUCAAUGGUUAAUGUGAUCCCUAUAGAAAACCCAUUUGGCCCAACAGCAAUUUCAAUUUUAUUGGAUGCUUGUCCAUUACCAUCCCGGGAAACUGUUAUUAAAGUGACGGAGCUCUUUGGCUUGUCGAGUGAAAGAGCUAAACAGGGCGAAAUUAAUGUUAGAGUAGAUCGUAAUAUAUGUAUUGUACUUGGGUCUCUUGCUGAAAAAUUGGUUGGACCUAACAGUAUAGCGAUGCUCACUGAAAAGACCUUGGAUUAUCUCUUUACCUUCCUUGUCGACCACAGAGAACCGUGUCUUUGUCUGUUUGCUUUAAUAGCAUUGGAGAAAUUUGCUCACACUAUGGAGAACAAAAUAGUGAUCAAGGAUAGGUUGGAGAAAUAUGGAGAGAAUCCUUUGUUACUUCUAGAAAAAUUUGCUGAUAGUGAAGAUAAUAUAUGGCGACAAGUAGGAUUCUGUGCUAGUUGGUCCUUAGAUAAUCUAUUUGUGAUAGAAGGCAGGAAGCUUUCAUACGAGGUGGUAGAUAUGAAAGAUAUUAAUGCGAUAUUAAAUUGCCAAGAUGUAAGUGAGUAUUUACAAAUAUCGCCCAAUGGCUUAGAGGCAAGAUGUGAUUCGUACUCCUUUGAAAGUGUUCGCUGUACAUUCCAAGUUGAUGAUGGAUGCUGGUACUACGAAGCGACGGUUGUCACACCUGGAGUCAUGCAAAUUGGAUGGGCAACGAAGAAUAGUCAUUUUUUGAGUGACGAGGGAUUUGGUAUCGGUGAUGAUUUGUAUUCAAUAUCAUACGAUGGCUGCCGCGAGCUGGUGUGGUAUAACGCCCGACCGACGUCCAUUACAGCAGUAAAGCCUUGGGCACCUGGUGACGUGUUGGGCUGUCUCAUUGACUUGACUACGAAGGAGAUCAUAUUUUCAAUGAAUGGGCAAAGGUUGCCUACAUAUAACGAGAUAUUUGAAGCUACUAAAUAUGGUUUCUUUGCCGCUGCUAGCUUCAUGGCUUACCAACAAUGUAAAUUCAACUUCGGGAAGGAACCAUUCAAGUUUGCGCCAGAAGACAGAAUAUUCGCUACUUUCAAUGACUUUGGACAACUUACAGAUGAACAAAAGAAGGUUAUUCCCAGGCGGUUAUACUUAGAGCGUCUACGCCACUCCAGCGUAAAGGAAGACUCUUGCACGCUAUGCUACGACGACACGGCAUGUUGUGUACUAGAACCGUGCGGUCACAGGGGAUUCUGCUCGGUAUGUACGUCCAUGCUACGCGACUGCCCGAUGUGCCGUGGCGAAAUCCUGAACAUACGACGCGAGGCCAUCUGACCUGAUGUUCGUGACGUCAUCGAUGACGUCACCGAUUCGGACUCUGAUUCGCCGUUCGAUUUCAAGACGGCUCACUUUACCGCACGUGAUUCGCAUAAUUCGUCGCUUGUAUCCGUCUCUCCUAUGCCUUCUUUGAGAGAUCAAGAUAUCAUUAAUGGUAAUUUUUAAUUUAAUUAUAAUAUAUAAAUGCUUAUAGUCACAUUAUUGUAUUUCUGUUUAAAAUUAAUAAUUUCAGACGUUAUUUAAAAUGAUAUGUUACAAUUCAUAGUCAUCUAGUAGUAAAAUAGGAUUAAGCCCCCAGUGGCCUCUACUAACUUAUCAAUUUAGUACAUCGAAAUUAGGAGGUCACAAGGUUUUUCUUACUCUUGAAUGAAAAUAAUUCUCUUAGUCUUUUCAUUGAACCUUCGAGGUGAAGGUUGUAGGAUAUCCCAUAAGGACCUUAUAAUGAUGUUUCAAUCAAUCGGUAUAAUUUUUGAUUUUUUAAUACAUUGCUUCUCCGAUUGGACGUUAUUCAAUGUAAAGAGGUUUUUGUAAUUUAACAUAGGUUCAAAUACCAUGAUUGCAUGUGCACCAAUGGAAUUACCAUAUCCACAAAAUCAGAUCGAAACUUGAGAAUAGCUAAUAUUGCUUGAUCUAAGCGUCUCGCGUUUUUCGUCUCUGUGCCAGCCUCGGAUUGGCGCCCAUACCAAGCCUAAGAGCAAGUUAUGUUCCCAGUCUCAAAUCUGUCUCCGUCUCUGCCUCUGAUCUCCCGUCUCUGCCUCCGAUCUCGCGACCCUGCCUCUGAUCUCCCGUCUCUACCUCCGAUCUCGCGACCCUGCCUCUUAUCUCCCGUCUCUGCCUCGAAUUUUUGUAUCCAAUCUCCUAUCUCUGUCGCUAAUCCUGCGUCUGUUUCCGGUAUCGCAUCUUUGUCUAUGCCCGAAAAUGUCAGAGUACUGAGUGAACUUGAAAAACGAACAAAACAAUGACCGUCUUUCACUUAAAACGGCUUUAACUAUUCUAAGCAUUUAUUUACAAUUACUAACAAUUGUAUUUCUAGUUAUUAUUUUUAGGUUUUGGUUUAAGAUCUAUUAAGAUUUGUUAUGUUUUGUGAAACUUUAGACUCUAAAGUUUAGAAUUAAGCUCUGGACUACAAUGAUGACAAUUAUUUGUAAGCUGUUUAGUACGCAUCACACCGGUUUUACCAUAUAAGUUCUAAAAUAGUCAUUUCUCAAAAAGUCUGAAACAUUAAAUCAAGACAGUGUACCUGUCUAUUUAAAAAUGUUGACUAUUUUAUAUUUCACUAGUAGUAUAGGGUAUUCACGACGUCAUCUAUCACAGAAUAUUAUUAUAGAAUAUUGUUACGAGAUCGAAUUUCUUAAAAACUAAUUUCGGUCCAGACAAGUAUCCCAGUUUGGAAAUACGUAAGUUAUAAAAUUUUCCUAGUCAUUAGAGCUUGAUGUUGUGACAACGGUACAUGUAAAUUUAUAAUACUUUAAUUCUAUUAAGUAUAAGCAGCUUAUGGAUUAAAUUAAAUAAGCGAUAUUUUUCUUAAUCUGUAAAACCUUUAUACGUAGACAAUUUGUGUAGGUUUUCAUAGAAAUUUAAGGAUAUUUUCACAAUUUAUGUAUCCUUAACUAAACUAUGUCUUGACACUUUACAGAUUGGUACUCUGUAACUUGGAAUUAUCCUGAUUUAAUAUUCAGUGUUAACAAUUCGUUCCCGAUGCGGCAGUUAUUGAGAAACUAUCGAUAUAGUAUACAAAAUCGUCGAUAAGUUACAGAGAACCGAUUAGUUUUCUGCUGGGGAUCAAACACUGAAUCGCAUUCUAAUUAAUGUAUUAUUAAACACUAUCAAAGUCUAUUCUCUUAUGAAAACUUGAUGACUCUAAUUGCACUCUGACUCUUUCGUCUCUUUCUGUCACAUUGCGUUAACGCUGUGAUGAAAUGAGAGAUGAGUAGUAAGUCAAAACGCUGCAAUUUACUGAUUAAUUUUCAUUAAUCGCCUAUAUUCAUAGGCAAUCACCUAAGUCGUAGCUCUGUUAGGAGCUCAGUGUUAAAUGUCCUAGAAUCUCUUAAUUAAGCUAAUACGUUAUGAAUGUGUUAAACAAUACUAUUUUUGUAAAUUACACGUACCCUAUUGUACAUUUAUUUUAUCACUUAUAAACAAUCUUCAUUGAAUUAAAACGCUAAUAAAAAUUAUUCAUGUUAGAAUUAAGUGGUGCGUUUUAAUACAAAGAAAAUAUUGGUUUGAACUGUAAGAUAUUUAAAGGUUUUUUUGAAGAAGGUAUUUAAUACAAAAAUUUAAUAUUUUCCGGCGAACUGCGUCGGUGAAAUUUAUUGCCUUAGUUUUUUUAAAUUCUAAUAUAUAAAUCUUAAAAUCCAAUUUGGAAUUAGCCUUUUCAAAUAAUCAAUUUGUUAAGUUAAAUUUAUGUUGAGUACACAUAUAGUUGUAUAUAUAUUUGUACAUACGUAUUCCAUAAACGUCACUAUGGAAAUUGACCCUUCUAUAAAUAAAUUUCAUUCUCUUAUAUACGUACAUACAUAUAGUCUGUUAUAGUAUAUAUAUUAUAUGUGUUCCAUAGACAAAUUAUUCGUAACUGGCUAAAUUUCAAAAAAAAUGUUGCACUCUUUAAAAACCAUUACAGAUUAUUCAUUAGUGACUAAAGUUAAGUAUUAACUUUAAAAUUCUAAUAAUUCAAUCAUCAUUUCAAGAAUACACCAAAACGCUUCUAUGAUGAACUGUCCUCAUUAACUGAGUUUAAUUUCGUCGUAAUACACUCGACGUGUUUAAUUAUCGUUUUUAAAUUAUACAAAUCAAGGGGUCUCCAACGAAAUUAAACUCCAAGACAGUAUAAGAAUUUGACAGGUGAAGACAGCAUGACAUUUAAUGGUUCGUUAUAAACGUGACUGUCGUAUCUCUAAUUAAAAAUCAAUCUCAACUC